AUGUCGAAAUUAACUCGUGAACAAAAAAUUGCUUUAGAGAAGAAAAAUCUUCGUCGCAACAAACCAGCUGACGUCAACAUUGAAUGGAUUCCAGCAAAAGAAGGCGAAAACGAAAAAAUGCGUUUCACUUUGAAAGGACCAGAGGAUUCCAUGUACAAAGAAGAUAUAUUUGUUGUCGAAAUUGAAUUCCAACCAGAAUAUCCCCAGUCAGCUCCAAGAACAACUAUGCUUACAAAGAUUUUCCAUCCGAAUAUCGAUACAGACGGAACCAUAUGCAUUAAUGCUAUUAGAGGUGGAUACUUCCCAGGACAGUCUCUUGUUCAGAUCAUCGAAGAAGUUAAAAUGGCAUUAAAAGAUCCAAAUCCAGAUGAUUAUCUCAAUAGAGAAGCAGCUCAGCUUAUGAAAAGUGAUAUAGAACAAUUUAAGUUAGUAGUUUCUCGCCAAAUACAAAAGAAUAUUGAAGAAAGAAACUCAACAGCAUAA